CCAACUUCAAAACAAUCCCGAAAUGAAUUGCCAGAAAAAACCUAUCAGUGCAUCACUCCCGUUGAACCAACAGUGAAAAUCAAGAAUGCAGAGAUUAUGCACCAAGGUCCGCUCUUUGGCCGGGCAAUCAACCCAAAUUCUGACCGCCUUCUCCUCUUCUCGCCGCUUCAUACACACUUCCCAACUUCGCCAACCUCUCUGUUUCGUAUCAGCUUCUCGUAAGUGUAACCUUAGCGGCCAACUUCUUAACACAUCUUCAUCGCCUAGUCUGUUCCAAUCGCCUUCUGUCGCUUUUCAAUCGCCAUUGCCUCCUUCUUCAGCUCUUCUCUCUUUGGUGCAUGUGCGUCAUGUUUCAUCAAGGGAGCGCCGGAAGAAGAGGAAGCCAAUGACACCAGUCACCUCCAAAGUCAAGAAAGUCAAAAUAAAAUUUUAUUCGUCCUACAAGGACAGAUUUCGGACAAUGAAUGAUGGGACUAUCAGACGCUGGAGGGAGGGCAAGAAUCAUAAUGCCCACUUGAAGUCGAAGAAAUCAAAACGUAGACUCAGAAAGCCAUCAACUGUCCCUGCAGCUUAUGCCAAAGUUAUGAAGAAACUUAAUUUCUGUGGUUAGAAACAUUCAAAGCUGAGGAAAAUGUUUUUUGAGCAAAAGCUUUUGUGGCUACAAAUUAAACUCAUAUUGGCAUUGUUGUUUUUGAGCAAUUGGAACCGUUGAUAACAGCUUUCACCAUUUCAUGUUUGAUUUCUUUCAAUUUUAUUGGCAGAUAUGGAUUAACUGAUCCUUUAUCAUA